AUGUCAGAAGCACAGAGUAAACGCAGACGAGUCACCCGCGCGUGUGACGAAUGUCGCAAGAAGAAGGUCAAAUGUGAUGGGCAACAGCCCUGUAUCCAUUGCACCGUGUACUCGUAUGAGUGUACCUACAAUCAGCCCUCUAAGCGGAGUGCUACGACGACGGCGACGACGGCGACGACAUCGACAACUACAUCGACAAUGGCCCCCGCUGCGGGCUCCGCUGCGAACCUAGCGUCCGCGGGGUCCACCACGUCACGUGCGCGUCCUCCUCAGAAAGCGGUAAGAACUCUUCAAAUGCAGCUUGCCAAGUACAAGAUGCUUUUCAGUCAGCUGUUCCCGCAAUUGCCCAAUGUCGAGAAUCUUGACGUUCCGACGUUCGUGAAGGUUUUCCAGAAUUUCAACAAAGACAACCAAAGUAUACGCGACACGAUCAAAGAGUAUCAAAUGAUUGCGUCGUCAACGGGGAAUUCUCCCACUGUGUCUGUGACGCCAGAUUCUUCUGAAAAUCUCGAAGGCAUCGAAGGUGUCGAUGGUUCGAUCCAAUCCCAUGAAGGUCGUGAAAUCACCAUUCUGCUUCCUCCGAAGCCCGUUGCGCUUCAGUUUAUUCAGGUCACUUGGGAACAUUGUUGCGUAUUGUUCAGGUUCUACCAUCGUCCCAGUUUCAUUCAAAAACUCGACGAUCUUUACGAAACGGACCCUCACGAAUACACGCAUGAACAUAUGCAAUUUUUACCACUUUGCUAUGCGGUUAUGGCUGUAGGCGCCCUUUUUUCUAAAUCCAUUCAGAGUGUCGACCAAGAACAAGCUUCUUCAAGUUCAAACCAGUUUUUACAAGACGAAGGCUACAAGUAUUUCAUUGCCGCAAGAAAACUUAUCGAUAUCACAAACGCGCGUGACCUCAAUUCUAUACAGGCCAUGGUUAUGCUGUUUAUUUUCCUGCAGUGCUCAGCGCGUCUUUCGACUUGUUAUACUUACAUUGGUGUCGCCAUGCGUAAUGCACUCCGCGAAGGUAUGCACAGAAAUUUAUCCGCGGAAGGUCACGGUUUUACCCUCAUAGAAAUUGAAAUGCGCAAGCGGUUAUUCUACACGAUUUACAAAAUGGACGUUUAUGUCAAUACCAUGUUGGGUUUACCACGCAGUAUAUCUCAGAGAGAUUUCGAUCAAGCGCUACCGUUGGAAAUUGCAGACGAAUAUAUCACUGAGACUGCCGUUUAUCCAGAACGACAAGGAGAUGAGCUUUCAUCUGCUGGUAUCGCAAACCAUCAUACAAAAUUAAUCAUGAUUCUAGACAAUAUCGUGGCCGAGUUGUAUCCGGUGAAAAAGACUAAUAAUUUAAUCUCGCACGAAGUUGUUACAAAGCUUGAACUCAAGCUGAGACAAUGGCUCAAUAAACUCCCACCAGAAUUGAUUCCUGGAAUAAAAGAUGUGCCACCGAAGUAUGAACGCGCCAAUGGACUUUUACAUUUGUCGUUCCUUCAAGUUCAGGUCAUUCUUUAUAGACCUUUCAUUCACUAUCUUUGUGCGCCUUCGGUGCAAAACACAGAUUCGCUCUCCAUACUCAGAGCUCGAAACUGUAUAUCGGUGGCUCGUACCGUGGUAAAACUUGCCCAUGAAAUGAUUGAAAAGAAGACCUUGGCGGGUUCUUAUUGGUUUAGCAUUUACACGAUUUUCUUCUCCGUUGCAGGCCUUAUCUACUAUGUGCAUGAGGUGACUCCAACAGAUGCAGCAUCGACAAGAGAAUACGAAGAAGUUUUACAGGAUGCAGAACUGGGGAAAAGAGUCUUGUUGCAGCUGAAGGACACCAGUAUGGCCGCCAAUAGAACUUACAACCUUCUCAACACUUUGUUUGAAAAAUUUAACUCGAAAACCAUUAGAUGGAGUCACGACAAGCAUGGCCAGAGUUCGAACGAAGAUUCAAAACUUUCGAAUAAUGAUACCACAGAAAAUCAUAUUAAAGUUGGGAAUACACCAAGUGCCUAUACUUUAGACUCGGUGAAUCCCAACGUGAUGGCGUUUGACACAACACAAGACUUCAUCUCACAACCUACAGCAACAAUUUCUGGAGUUAACACUAUUAAUACAAUUAAUACUUCUAAUUCUUUGUCAACAAAAGAAUUUAGAAGUAUAAGCGAAUCUCCCUUGGACGUGGAUAAGUUUUUUGAUCUCGGUGAUAACAUGACUUCAACUAUGCCACAAGCCACCCCUCAAAUGGGUUCCGAUACACCUCAGGUCAAGCUGGAAUUCGAUACGCCAGGAGAAUCGAAAAUGGAUCAAAAUAACUCAGAGUCUUAUAUUCCAGGUACCUUCGACCAGUUAGACGUACAGCUUUUCGGCAGGUAUUUACCUCCUUAUAUGUCGCAGCAGAAGGAGUCACCUGGUAACUAA